AUGAGACGUCAUAUGUGGAUGUACGAAAUUAAAAAAAAUUAUGCAAUAACUCAUCUGUGGCUUUGGCAGCAAGGCAAACAACUGAACAAUUUAUCCGUGCAAGACAUGAGAUACGAGCGGAUCACGGAGAUCCAGAUAUCUCUCAAUAAAAGACACUCAACAUUUUCUACUAAUGGAAAGACUGAUUAUUUGCGUCUUGCAGACAUUGAGAUGCAGCACAACAGAACCACCGAAUCCAAUCUGGAACGGUUGGCAAAAAGCGGGAAGAACUUGGAGAAGUGUGUUUAUGCAAAUGACGCCGGUGCAGUCAUGUCGGGCAUAAAUUUCCUUCUCUACAUGCCAUUUUUAAGCUACAAAAGCUGUCAAAACAGGCCUCGAAAGUUUUAA